AUGAAUUUAAUUGAUUACCUCAAGUAAUGCAAAGAAAAACAAAUCAAAAAAGCUGAGGCUGAUAUCCAUCACUUUAACAAAAAGAUCAAUGAUGCAUCAACUCAAAAAAUGUUCGAAAAACUUAGUGCUGGUGUAAUUACACUGCCAUAUCUCAGUUAAUAAUAAAAGACUGAAAUGUAAAGAGAACUAAAAAAACUAUAAAAGAUAAUGGACGAUAUCUCCUCUAAACAAUGUGCAUUCAAUAUUCACAUCAAUAAAUAUGCUGACACUUAAUCCAAGAAGACAUUUACCUCUGCUUUAGAAUUAUAACAUGCUGGUUAAUAACUACUAUUGAGUACUUUUUGCAAUCACAAAACUCAGCUGCAAACCUUUCUAACUAAGUAUAAUAAUUUGAUAUCCUAUAUUCCAUUCUGGGAAAAUGCUCAACAGUUAGAAUCCAAAUAUAAUCCGAUAGAUAUAGAUUUCAAUCUGAUCCAAUCUAUGUUGGAUGAAUUGCAAUUUAAUUAUACAAAUAUGAAGAAAGAACAAGAGAAAAACAAAAAACUGCAUAAAGUUGCUUCAAUUUAAACUAAUCCAAAUCAAUAAGAAGUUAUUUAUAAGGAGAAGGAAGUUAUUAAGGAAAUUUAUAAAGAUAAUCCUUAACAACAGUUACAAAUUGAUGAAUUGAAAAAAUAGAUUACCAAAUUAAAAGAGGAGAUUUCCAAUUUAAAGACUUAAAAUUAAUUGUUACAAGCUCAUGAAUUGACUUAUGGUCUCAACUGCAUGUAAGACAUACAAGCAGGAAUUCAAAUGUAUAUCUAAAUUGGUACUGCAGAUUCCAAAAAUUCAUUGGCUCAAUUAUAUUAACAAGGCAAGAUGAUUGCCUAAAAUAUCAAAUUAGCCAGAUAAAUCUAUAAAGCAAAUAUCAAAACCAAUAAUCUGCAAUCUAUCUUUUAAUAUGGUAAAAUAGAAUUAAUAAACAAAAAAAAAAUCCAAAAAGGAAUCCAGUACAUUAAACAAGCAGCUGAUCAAGGUCACAUUGAAGCAUGUUUAGACUUGGCCAUUUUAUAUUAUUAAGGAGUUUAGUAAAAUAACGAAUUCCUAUUUCAAAAGAAUUAAUAGUUGGCUAAACAAUAUGCUAAUAAAGGCUAACAUACAAGCAGAGGAAUGUGUGAUUUAGGUAUAAUUGAAACUGACAGCCUGAAGAGCAUCAAUUACUUAAAUGAGGCCAUCAAAAAGGAAUACACUCCUGCUUUUUAUUAUCUUGGACUGCACUAUUUAUAAGAUCAAGAAAAAGAAAAGGGAUUGUCUUUAUUGUUAUAAGGCGCAUUAAAUCAAGACUUAAGAUGUGUGGAAGAACUAUAUCAAUAUUUAUAUGAGGAUUCUUUAAAUUCUAAUUCUUUAAAUAAGUUUUAAGACUAUCUGCAACUUCUCGCUGUCACAAAAUAAAGUAGUGAAGCUUUCUAUUAUUUGGGUUUAUGCAAUAAUAAUAAUCUAUUACUUCAACAAACCUAUUAUCAAUUGGGUUCAAAGUUAAAUAAUCAAAAAUGUCUUGAUAAAUUAUCAGAAAUCAACAAAGACGUCUAAAUUUAUUCUUAAAUUGUUGAAAUGGGAUAAAAUUAAGCUCUCUUUCAAUUAGGAUAGCAUUACGAAUAAUAAGGUAAAUAUCUUAAUGCAAUCGAUUAUUAUAAGUAAUCUAAAUCACAAUAGUCUUACAAUCGCAUUAGUUAGAUCUACUAAAGUCAAUUAAAAAAUGAUGCAUUGGCUAAAGAGUAUGAAUAACUUGCAUUUGUAAGUCCUCGUUUUGAUAGUGAGAGUGAAAUAGCAUAAUCAUUGAUAAUAACAUAGAGUAAAUCUUGA